AUGGUAUUACAGGUUGAUCUACUAGGGAAUUCCAUUUAUAAAAUACUGCACCCUGAUGAUGUCAACUGUUUCAAGCUUUUCAUGCUGGUGUCGCGAGAUAGCUCACCUGAGCUUCAAGCUCGGGCGGAGAGGCACGUAUCUGUGAGGAUGGCGCUGAAGUCCCACAAACCAGUGAAUGCCUACUAUCCCGUCAGCGUAGAGGGCCAGAUGGCUGACGUCAGUGACAGACUCAACGCUCUUGAUAGAAACAGACAUGGCGUAUUCAUGUCCGCCUUCGUUUCACCGCAACAUAACGAUGCGAUACCGGUGGGACUGCGCUUUCCGCUUGCCGAAAACCAAUACAGGACCAAGCAUCACUUAGAUGGUCGCGUAAUCGACAUCGAUUCACAGGCGGCGCUACUGACGGGGUUUAUGCCAAGUUACCUUCGUGGCUACACGCCGUACGAAAGAACUAUAUUAAUGGAGGAUCUACCUUUCAUCGGAAUCCAGCAUAAACUUAUUUUCAGCAUAAAAGAAACCAAGUCGAUGUGGAGGAUGAUGACUGCUAAUGGGCAGAUAGUCUACUCCCAUAGUCAGUCGUGGUUAAUCAACCACACGUGGAAAGAAGCACCUGACUACAUCAUCAGCAUAAACACGAUUAUGGAAGAGAACCGAGGGAAGUUGCUACACGAUAUAUUCGUCAGGAUGGUAACUCGCCAAAAGCUGCCCGCCGUGUCCGAAUCAGUGAGGCGGGAAGUCGAGAAGUAUCUGCCUGUGUCCCAAAAGUUUCCGUGCGGCUACGAUGGUAUUCAACAAUUACUAAAACUCAAGUACGAUGUCGAUUUACCCGAGUUUCCGCUACCAAAAUCAGCCGACGCACCUAAGACACCAAGAGGACUUGUGUGGCCCGAGUGAUGUAUACGGGUGUAUCUAUAUUAAUGGCUGAUAUGUGAAUGUGGACGUCUCAUCACCAAUGGUAUCUAUUAGACUGGUGAGCUGUGUAUUCUCGGUGAUUAAUUAAAAUCUGCGUUAGUGUUGCGAAUUCUUACAUCGAAACAAAGUUAACAGAUGUUUAUUAUGGUCCAAGAUUUAUUUCUGUUUGAAAACCGGCAGCGGAACCAACGCAUCUUGGUUUGAGGGCACAGCGUUGUGUCUUUUUGAAUGUGACCGCCAUUGCCCAUGUAAAAUACCUACGCGUCUUCUGGUGGCGGAGUUAACAACCCCCUUGCCCCCGCGCUAGCUACGGCCCCUAAAAACAAUGUGAAAUUUGAUGACGAUGUCGAAAUCUUUUCUUA